CUGCCAGCUCACCCACGAGGAGCAAAAGAAGUAAAGGUGUCCUCCCCUCAUCCUUCACCCUCCUCUGUCCUUCUCCCUCUCCAUAUCUCUGUGUUUCUCCCAAAAUUAAAGCUCCCCAAAAUUAAUCCACCGGCCAAUAUUCUAAAACUGUAAGUUAUUAUAUCGUAAACAAGAUCCACGCUAAUUUUACCUCACCUUGAUCUUCUUUCUAUCAAAUAAAUUAAUUGUUAGAAGGUGAGUGAGCUGAUGAUAUAGAAGAAGAGAUUCAGUGGAAGUUCCAGGGAUUUGAUACGGAAAAUGGCGUGUAAAGGGUGCUUGGAAUGCCUACUGAAGAUCCUUAACUUCUUGCUGACUCUUGUGGGUCUGGCUAUGAUUGGUUAUGGGAUCUACUUGUUUGUUGAGUAUAAAAGAGCGGAUGACAAUGUAGGCCUAGUGUCGACGCCGAGUGAUGGUCAGGGUUUGACGCUUCUUGGCCGCCCCAUGCUUAUUGCCGUGUCACUUUCGGAAAGCAUCCUUGAUAAGCUUCCGAAAGCUUGGUUCAUAUAUUUAUUUAUUGCUGUAGGAGUAAUUCUCUUUGUCAUCUCUUGUUUUGGUUGUAUUGGAGCUGCAACACGGAAUGGGUGCUGCUUGACUUUUUAUUCAGUGCUGAUCAUCUUGUUGAUAUUGGUAGAGUUGGGAUGUGCAGCCUUCAUAUUCUUUGACAAAAGCUGGAAAGAAGUACUCCCAACUGACAAAAGUGGUGAUUUUGACAUGAUAUAUAAAUUCCUCAAAGAAAACUGGAACAUUGUCAGAUGGGUUGCUCUUGGAAUAGUUAUUUUGGAGGCUUUGAUUUUCUUGUUAACCCUUGUGGUUAGAGCAGCAAACAGGCCUGUAGAGUAUGAUAGUGACGACGAGUUCAUUGCCUCUAGACAACAGACCCGGCAGCCUUUGCUUAACAGGCCACCAGCACCUGCAGCAGGAGUGCCCGUUACCGGAACCCUUGAUCAGCGUCCAGGCAGAAAUGAUGUUUGGAGUACACGAAUGAGGGAAAAGUAUGGGCUUGAUACAUCAGAGUUCUCAUACAACCCAUCUGAGCCACACAGGCUCCAGCCAGCGGCUGCACAGCCUACCGAGGAAAGGAGUCGUUGCACCAUCAUGUGAUGACUUCUUGGAUCUUGCCAAGUUGGUUUCUGCAGGCCAUUUUCCUGGACGAGGGUGUGAGAGUUCUGUAUGAGUUUGUGUACAAUAGACAUCCUUCAGGAGUUCCUAUAUCACAGCCCUUCCCACUUGUUGGUAUCUUAAAAAGUUUUGAUCUAGCAAUCUACGGAAACCAGGUCUAAGAAAGACAUGAUUUUUGAGACAUCAGCACUAGUUUCCUUCUAUUUACUGAACUGUUCAUGCCCUGAGAGAUGUAUGAUCUACCUUAAUAGUUUGUCUUAAAAUUUUGGAGUAUAAUUCCUAGUACAUCUAAUAGAUUUUUU